AUCUAAGGAACGAUGGCCAGAGAGCACAAUGGCGUCAUAGCGAACGACAAGGGCUCGCUGUAUCGCUUCGACAACGACCAAACGGUGGAGAGAAUGCUCUCACCGGUAUCAAUCAGCAACGGCCUGGCCUGGAACUCCAAUAACACCAUUUUUUACUACAUCGACAGCCCAACGAAGGUCGUCUUCGCCUUCGAUUACGACAUUGCCUCUGGCAACAUAGCCAACAAGAGAGUGGUUUUCAAUUUUACGGAUAACAAGAUCGACGGUGUCCCCGAUGGAAUGACCAUCGACGCCAACGACAAUUUAUGGAUCGCGGUUCACGAUGGAGCCGUGGUGCUCAACGUCGAUACAAAAACGGGCGAGUUGAUCCACAAGAUAGAGCUGCCUGCUACGAAGUUAACGAGCGUUGCCUUCGGCGGACCUGAUCUGGACGUUCUCUAUGUGACAUCGGCUUAUGGAGGAUUGAACGCCAUCGAGAGACAGAACAAGCCCGACUCCGGCUGCGUGUUUACGAUCGAAGGUCUCGGGGUCAGAGGAGUGCAAUCGGACGAUUGCGUGCUACGAAUGUAGUAGACUUUUCGCCGAGUUUUCUGCUUUUCGUCGCGUAUCUUGAGAUAAAUGAUGAAAAAAAAAAAUAAUAAUAAAACAAAAUAAAAAAA